GCUUAGCUGGUGAAGAACGGUGAAGAAGCAGGAGCAGGAGAAAGAUGUCGGACUCGGCGGUGACCUGUAAUAACUGCGGCUUGCCGUACACUUUACCUGAAGAUGAUGAAGUGGUGGGAAAUGUCCCCCAUGUGCUGCUGUGUGGUCACAUUUUCUGCACAGUGUGCCUGCUGGAAUCUCCACGUGGGUUCAUCACCUGCCACGAGUGCAAGAUGGUUACAAAUGUUGGUGAGGAAGGAGUGGAUGGGCUGCAGGUGGACAGCAGGAUUAUUGGACUUAUCUACACUGCAAGGAUGAACACCAAGAAAAGACAAGGAGACAAGCUGAGAGCUCGUAAAUUUAGGAGUCCAUCUGCAUCGCCACCUGCCCGAACUGAGCAUCCGAACACUGAAGUGGGUCCAGACAUGUUGAAGGUUCUAGAUGAAGCUCUUUGUAAAGCAACAGAAAACCUUAAUACCCUGGACAACCUGCACCAGACUCUCACUUCAGGUAUUCAUGCUCAGCUAAAGAAGGAGAGAUCUCGUAUCACAAAGGAGAUUGAAGACUGCACAGAAAAGGCUAUUGGCAUGCUGCACAAAAGGCGCAGUGUAUUGAUGUCUGAACUGAGUUCUUUGGAGCAGCUGUUUUCAGAUGGUCGGGAAGAGUGUCAGAAACUGGAGGAGAGGCGGAAGGAGAUGCGCAUGGCCAUCCAGAAAGCGAAACAUGUUCGCCAAGUCCCUUCACUUGGGACUUACUGCCAUCUAGACAAGGUUCUGGAGACUCUGGAGACUCCAGUGGAUGUGGGAUCAUAUGAUAUGUCCAGCCUGACUUUAUGUUCCAAACUCAGAUGUGUUCUUCAUGUGGACAUUCUGACUGAAAGUUUGAGCAAAUUUCUGUAUCUCAUGGAUGGUGAUGUUAAGCUGGUGUCGUCAGUUCCUGCACCAGAAGAGCGGGCAGGUACACCAGCAGUGAAAAGUAGAUGGGAGAAAUCAGGGGAGCGGAGAGGAGGCCGGUCACGGGGGAGAGCCCGGGACAGCAUGCUGAGCCUGCCCGCCCCAGCCUCAGAUCAAAAACAGAACAGCCCCAAUGUCAUUAUAGAGGAAAUCAUAGAGGAAUCGGACAGCGGAACAGAAAGAGAAGGAAUGGUCUUGGACUCCAAGCGCUUACAGCGGCAGAAGGUGCCGAGAAGAAGCCGUAAGGCACAAAAGGACAGGACACCUCUUCUACAAUGCAAAGCGCUACAGGAGUGGGUCGUUUUAACCCACGUGGUCAACCCAACACAUUUCUACGUACGACUCGUAUCGGAGCACAAAGCUGGAGUUGCGCUGACCAAAAAGGUUAACAAGUUGUGCUUUGAAGAACACAGACGUUUCAUGGACAAAGAUGAAAUCAAAACAGGCAUGCUGGUGUUUGUGAGGUGGAAAGAUGAUUGGUGUAGGGCAAAGGUGUGUGAGCUGUUCCAGAAGGGCUGUCUGGAGUGUGUGACUCAGUGCUGUGCAGCUGAGAUUGCUCGACUCCAAGUGUUCUUCCAGGACCAUGGUUUCACGAAGGGUCUCACCUUCUCAGAUGAAGGAGGUCUGAGAGGGCUAAACGAGUGUUUGCGGAAAGUUGACAGUGAUGCCCAAUUUGAGCUGCAUCACUGGGCUCCUCAGGCCAUUAGGUGUUCCCUCAGAGACAUCAUCCCCUCAGACCUGGUGAAAGGCUGGAGUGCUGAGGCACGUGACGAGAUGAGGCGUGUGAUUGGCUCUGGUGCUGUUGAGAUGCAGGUGUUCAGUGAGGAUAGAGACACCCUGCUGGUGGAUCUGAAGAAGGCGUCUGUGGACGACAUUCUGCUUUCUCUGAGAGAACAUCUUGUGUUCAUGGAGCUGGCCAGGUUUUAUUCCCCUCAGGUGGCCCCCAGUGGCAGUAAACCACUACAGUUUUAUCCACCUGUGCACCCCAAACUAAACCUAGAGCUGCAUGCUGUGGUUUCCUAUGUGAACACGCCAUCAGACUUCUACGUACAGCUGGUGGACAGUAUGGAGUUCUUGCUGCUGAAUUCUAAACUGCAGGACUGUUAUGGGCCUCCAGGGAGCGCGACUGAGUUGCAGAUUUAUUGCCCUUGUUUGGGUCAGGCCUGCGUUGCCCUCUGCGAAAAAAACAAGGACUGGUGCAGGGCUGAAGUUACAGGUUUUCCUGGUGGACGGAUGGUGGAGGUCCAGUACGUCGAUUUUGGCAACAAAAAAACUGUGUCUAUUAAUGACCUUCGACAGAUAAAGGAUGAGUUCUUUGCAUUACCUGCCAUGGCAUUGUGGUGUUCUCUGGUAGAUGUCACGAGUGUGGGAGACUCUUGGAGUGAAGAAAGCAUUGAAGUGUUCCGAAAAAUGACGGAACAGAAUUUGGUCACUCUAGUGGUAUCAAAGCUUGUGCCCCAUUCCAAAGUGUUGCCUGUUCGUCUUUAUGAGGUCAGCAAGUGUUUCACUGAGCCUGCAGUCAGCAUUGGAGAAAUACUGGUUAAAAGAGGACUUGCAUCUUUGGUCACCAAACAAGUCCAGCUGAAGGAAACUCCCCUCCCGGAUACUGCUGUGUGGGAUCCCCCACUCAGUGAGGAGCAUAAAUCUCCAGAUGAGCCGCUGCCGCCACCUCCACCUCCUACUGUUGAGCCUCCAGAGCUGCAAGUAACCUUGAAUCUGCCAGCCUGCCUUAAGGACCUGAGAGUGAGAGUCACCCACGUGACCUCACCUGGACACAUCUGUGUGCAGCUAUUGCAAUUUGAUAACCAACUGAAGAGGGUUCAUGACCUAAUGAACAGAGGAUAUUUAAAGUCGGAUCAGCAGGAAGUGGACUGGAAGGUGGAGAUGUCCUGUGCUGCUAAUGUUAAUGGAGUGUGGGAGAGGGGAAAGGUGUGCAGUGUGUCCACCAGCAACAUUUCAGAGGUGCUGCGCUGUGACUUUGGUAACACGGUUAAGCUCCACAUCAGUAACCUGAGACCUUUGCUGCCUGAGCUGGUCGGCUCCUUACUGCUGGAGUGUUGCCUCAGUGAUAUAAGGCCAGCUGGUGGUCGCUCCACGUGGACAGCUACAGCUUGUGAUUUCAUCUCCUACUACCUUACUGGAGCCACAGCUGUAAUGACCAUUAAGGACGCCUCAGCUCGGCCAGCACCAGUGUCUCUGUUCUGCUCCAACCGAUCAGGCCAAGAUGUCAGCAUUGCAGACUUUCUCAUCAGUGAAGGACUCGCUCUGAGAGAGAGAACUGUCAAAGUUCCUCCCACACCCAAACCACCCUCUGCUGUGUGUGAGGAACAAGGUGCGGUGUCAGGAGAAUCUGUGUUGUGGCGGGAUGAGUGUGUACCAGGUCUGGAGGAGGCUGUGUGUGAGAAGAGCAGUGUAAAGAAUGAAACACCCUUAUGCUCCUAUUCACCUAGACCUGCCCCCCUCACCACCCCUUCCCCAGAGAAGGUGAAAACCCAGGCCUACCUGCCUCCCGAGUUUCCACCCUGCGGCCACACACGCAUGAGCAUCUCUGCUGUUUCUGAUGAUGGAGUUAUCUACGCCAUGACCCCACAGGCCGAGUGUGAGUUUGAACGCUUGAAGGAUUGUCUACAGCAGCACAUUAAGACGCUCCCCCGACAGAGGCAUUACAACUGGAAGAGUGUGCUUGGCUGUGCCGUCAUGGGCUCGGACAUGCUCUGGUACAGAGGGCAGGUCCAGGAGGUCAUUGGAGGCCAUGUGAAAGUGCAAUAUGUGGAUCAGGGGAUUGUGGAAAAUAUCCCAGUAUGCCAUGUAUAUCCGGUGGUGCUGUGUGAGAACAUUCCUCAGCUCUCUGUGCCUUGUCAGUUAAAUGGUGUCAUUCCGGUUGGAGGUUCGUGGCAGUGGGACGCAGUGGCACUCAUGAAAGAACUUCUGCUUGGUCGCUCAGUCAGCGUUCAGAUCAUGGAGCUGCCAGAGAAUCUGCAUGGUUUGGUUACUGUAGAGAUAAUACUGGAUGGGAUGGCACUGAGCAGAAUCAUGGUGAACCACCAGCAUGCCUCCUUCGACCCAUCCAUUAGCGUCCCUGAGGAUUAUGUGGUGAAACCUCCAGUGCCUGACUUGGAUGACUGGGAUUUAAACACAAAGGGCUUGGAGGAGCUUCAGCCUGUUUUAGGCGUGUUCACCAACCCCACCCUUCCGGAUAAAGGGAAACAGUUUAGAGUCAAGGUCAAGCAUCUCCGUACCCCUAACGAGGUGUUUCUAAGUUUGGUGGAUAUGCCGAUGUGUGAUCAGAAACAGGAGACUCUGCAGGAAGCCUUAGAACAAGUCAACAAGGACAUUGACUCUCUUCCACAGCUGACCGACUUCCCCAUGGAGGGUCCGUGUCUGGCUGAAUAUAGUGAUGGUUUGUAUUACCGUGCAAAGCUGCUUGGUUUUACAGAACUUAACCCCAGCAUUAAAAUUCUUGUGAGGCAUGUGGACUACGGCUCAGACGACAUCCUGCCACCAUGCAAAUUGCGCUGUCUGCCCCCCUCGCUUCUACAGUUCCCCUGUGAGGCAGUGUGUGUUCGGUUGGCGGGUUUCAAGCCCCCGCAUGUGUGUGUGGAGGUGGAGCGCAUUUCCUACCGGCCUGAGUGGAGCAUGAAGUCCAUGUUGGAGAUGAUUGACCUGUUGCAUGGCAACCUCAGCGCUGUGGUUACAGGUGUAGAGCCACAGCUGACAGUGGUCCUGUACAGAGCUGAUAAAACGCUGGUGCAUGUUCCUCUUGUGGAGAAAGGCCUCGCCGACUACGAGUAAUAAGUUUGUUUUCAAGUACCAGAAGACAGCAGUUUUUAUGUUUGUGCUGUUAGAACAAUAACAUUAUGUUGAUGUUGGAAGAUUUACUUAAACAAGUUAUUUUUUCUGUUUUAAAUCCUGAAAAGCAGUUGUUUUUUUUUGUCACUGCUGUACCUGUGUUCAUGUUAACGUUCAUCCGGCUUGAUUGUGUGAUUGAAUGAGUAAAUCUGUGCUCUUAAAACUCU